AAAUCUGAAUGUUAAAGACCUGUAUAAUCGGCAACUCUGGCUGCCAGUCUGUCACCUGCUGAUUUUGGUUAAACACAGUGUUUUUGUACACUGGAAUUUGCUGCGAAUGCGGCGUUUACGCAUCGAAAAAUCAAUUAAAUAUCAGGACCUAAUCGGCAGACUCAUCCGCAGGAAUUAACGUGUAUUAAGAGAUCUAAUACCACCCAAAGAAGAUGGCUUUCAAUUUUUCGGCCUUCAGCUAUAUUGUAGCCUUAAUAAUCGACGCAUUUCUAAUAUUUUUCUCUAUAUUCCAUGUGAUUGCAUUCGAUGAGCUAAAAACCGACUAUAAAAAUCCCGUUGACCAGUGUGACUCUUUAAAUCCGUUAGUUAUUCCGGAAUAUACACUGCAUCUCCUGUUUAAUCUUCUGUUCUUGUUUGCUGGGGAAUGGUUCUCCCUGGCCAUGAACAUUCCUCUGAUAGCGUAUCAUAUAUGGCGUUACAAAAACCGUCCUGUCAUGACUAGACCUGGUUUAUAUGACGCGACGAGUAUCAUGAAUGGUGACAAUCUCGCAAAAUGUCAACGAGAAGGCUGGAUCAAACUGGCAGUUUAUUUGCUGUCCUUUUUCUACUACCUGUAUGGCAUGAUCUAUUCUCUCAUAUCAACGUAAAUAGUUGGAAAAACAAACUGUUACAAAAACACAACACUCUCCGAACAACAACUCGACAAGUCAAUCAAAAGUUAUCGCAAAUUAUGUAUAGAACAAACAAUGCUAACAUAAAAGUUUUACUGGAUGCACACAGCCACAAAACCGACCAAUGAUAAACUUCACCUCGGAUCCAUCCUAGUCUUAGUGAAACUAUUGUGGUAAGACCUACAGUUAUCUUUGUAUUUCAUUGUUUGUUUUGUGAAUUCGGUUGCUUUAUCUCCUUGGUAUUACUAUUAACUUUUAUUUAUUGAAAAUUGCCAUCAUUUCAUUAAAUUUAUAACAGCAUCAUUUCGUUAUUUGUUGAUCCUUCGAU